AUGAUUCAAAAGAAAACCAUUCCAACAUUAAUUGUCCUGGGUUCUGGUGGUCACACGACGGAAAUGUUUCGUCUAUUAUCAGGCACUGACAUGAACGUAUAUAAACCAAGAUAUUAUACUAUUGCAUCUACGGACAAAAUGAGUAAAAAGAAAAUGGAUGAAUUCGAACAGAAUACUUUAGAAGAUAUGAAAGUAUCAUUUAUUAAUCGAAGUCGCCAUGUUGGUCAAAGUUAUUUUAGUUCAGUUUUUACUACUCUUUGGGCAUUUUUUACGGUUAUUCCAUUAGUUUAUCGUAUUAAACCUAAACUUAUUCUUGUCAAUGGUCCUGGUACAUGCAUUCCUAUUGUUAUUGCUACUCUCUUGUUAUCAAUUUUUUUUCUUAUUGAUCGACCGAAAAUUGUUUUUGUUGAAAGUAUUUGUCGUGUGGAAUCGUUGUCGUUAACUGGAAAAAUUCUUCAAUAUUUACCUGUGCAUAUUCUUGUGCAAUGGCCACAAUUAUCUAAGCUGUAUCCCAAAACUCAAUAUAUUGGACGGCUUGUCUAA